ACGCGCGGGCAGCACGCGCCGUGCGCGCGCCCCGGUGGCGGGUCCGGUGGGCUGCGGGCCGCGCGCCGCCGCGCUCGCCCUCUCUGGAGGCGGGAGGGGCAGACGGAGGCGACGCGGGCCCCGGCGGAAGCCAUGUUCGUGGCGCGUAGUAUCGCGGCGGACCAUAAGGAUCUCAUCCAUGAUGUCUCUUUUGAUUUCCACGGGCGGCGGAUGGCGACCUGCUCCAGCGACCAGAGUGUCAAGGUCUGGGAUAAAAGUGAAAGUGGUGAUUGGCACUGUACUGCUAGCUGGAAGACACAUAGUGGAUCUGUGUGGCGUGUGACUUGGGCCCAUCCUGAAUUUGGACAGGUUUUGGCUUCCUGUUCUUUUGACAGAACAGCUGCUGUAUGGGAAGAAAUAGUGGGAGAGUCUAAUGAUAAACUCCGAGGCCAGAGUCAUUGGGUUAAGAGGACAACUCUAGUGGAUAGUAGGACAUCUGUCACUGAUGUGAAAUUCGCACCUAAGCAUAUGGGACUCAUGUUAGCGACCUGUUCUGCGGACGGGAUAGUAAGGAUAUACGAGGCACCGGAUGUCAUGAACCUUAGCCAGUGGUCCCUGCAGCACGAGAUCUCAUGCAAGCUAAGCUGUAGUUGCAUUUCUUGGAACCCUUCAAGCUCUCGUGCUCAUUCUCCCAUGAUAGCUGUAGGAAGUGAUGACAGCAGUCCAAAUGCAAUGGCCAAGGUUCAGAUUUUUGAAUAUAACGAAAACACCAGGAAAUACGCAAAAGCUGAAACCCUCAUGACAGUCACAGAUCCUGUCCAUGAUAUUGCAUUUGCUCCAAACUUGGGAAGGUCUUUUCAUAUUCUAGCCAUAGCAACCAAAGAUGUGCGGAUCUUUACGUUAAAGCCUGUGAGGAAAGAACUUACUUCCUCUGGUGGACCAACAAAGUUUGAAAUCCACAUAGUGGCUCAGUUUGAUAAUCAUAAUUCUCAGGUCUGGCGAGUGAGUUGGAAUAUAACAGGAACAGUGCUAGCAUCUUCAGGAGAUGAUGGCUGUGUGAGAUUGUGGAAAGCUAAUUAUAUGGACAAUUGGAAGUGCACUGGUAUUUUGAAAGGUAAUGGGAGCCCUGUCAGUGGGAGUUCUCAGCAGGGAAACUCAAAUCCUUCCCUAGGUUCAAAUACCCCAAAUCUUCAACAUUCACUAAAUGGAUCUUCUGCUGGCAGCAUGUGUUUUCUCCUCUUUGGUUCUCUUUGUAUUUACUACUUUUCUCUUUUUCUUCUUUUUUUUUUUUUUUUUCUCUCUUCCCCCCCUCCCCCUGUUGUUUUUGUUCUGGUGUUUUGUUCCUGUCUUCAUUGUUUCAGGUAUUUCUUUCCCCCUCUGGAUUCCCCACGGGCUGGAUCGAGAUGGUCCAGUUAUGCCCAGCUCCUUCCUCCUCCUCCUCUGGUAGAGUACUCUUGCGAUGCUGACACUGCCAACCUCCAGUAUCCUCACCCUCGCAGACGAUCUCUCUCUCGACCUCUUAACCCCUUACCUGAGAAUGAAGGGGUUUAAAACACUGAUCUAACACUUGAAGGCCUUAUUCAAGUGCUUGUGAAGGCUUUCAUUCCUGGCUGCCUUUUGUUUAUCUUCAUUUCCUUUCAGAAGAUUGUUUUUUUUUCUAAUUUAGGUUCUGUCUUGCAUGUAUUACAGUCAGAACACAGUGUUUGGAACCUAAAUGUGUUUGUGCUUCUGCAUCAAAGGAAAUGCUUCAUUGGUUGAUAACCUUUGAUGAAAUGAGAUACUCACAAGUAGCAUUAACUGUGAGAGUUACACUUGGUAGCUGAUUUCAAAGUGCCUGUCUCAUAAUUUUCUUUUGAACUGAUAUCAUGGUGUUAAGUUUCUUAUAGUCUGUUAUAUUGAUUAAUGUGAAAUCUUUGCAUUAUUGAAGCUCACUCUGCCUUUGAGACGUAUUAGAAAUUGCUUUUCAUUUUACAGGCUAAUGUUGCAAGGGACUUGUAAAAUAAAUCAUUCCUGUGUAUAAAGUGGCAAAACAUAAUAUGGACUGUUUGGCAUUUUUGUUUUUUAAAUGAAAUUGCCUCUCACUACUUGGAAUUAUUGUUUAAAACUUUUGUAAUUGUUCUCCCAAGUAGGUUAUUUAAUAAAAUGUAUUUUAAAAGACA